AAAACCCGUCUAUUCAUGUUCAUCCCUAAUAACGAAUACAAAAUAAAAUUUAUGGCUAUACAACUAAUUCAAUUUUUCUUGGAAAGUAGCCAUUUUAUGUUCUCUCAACCAAAAUAUGUCAACCUGACUGUUGUGAAGAUGAAGCAAUGAGAUAUGAAAAUGACGCAAUAAGAAACAAGAAGGAAUCAGGCGAGUUCAAAUGAAGCAUGAGCUGAGUUACCUUGUGUUUCAAGUCUGUCCCCUAUAGUGAAGUACAAGACAAAGACAACGAAACUGAAUUACAAUAAUGAUAAUCACAAGGAGAUGUCUUGUGAUGUGUGGGACAAACAAGAGAGCCGUUGGAGUGCUCAUGUCACAUGAAGGAUCAGAUCACAUGGGUUGGUUAAGGUUCCAAGUCAAUGGAGAUGUUUAGGACAUGUCACUGUCUGGGACCAGCCAGCACAAGAUCAGACUUGUCCUCUUGUCCUCUUGUUUAUUAUUUGUGUAGGAUCUUACUAGUUUAUAAUAUCUCAUGUACUUGUAAUCUCUUUAUAUAUGAGAUGUUCCCAUAAACAAAUCAAGUAAUGGAAUAAGAGAUUCCUUCUUCAUAUUCUCUCAUUUGCAAUACUCUCUCUCUCUCUUUCUUAUUCUUACUCAAUCUACUUAAUCUCUUUAAUCUUAUCACAUAAACCAUCUCAUAAAUCACUAAUUCUCACAUGGUAUCAGAGCGAUUAAGCUCUUGAAACCUAUUACUUCCGCAAACCUUUACUCUGAUUAUUUCUUUUCUAUUUUCCCUCACCAUUCUUGAAUUGUUCUUGAGUUGUUCUUGAUGGAUUCUGGAGAAAAUUUAAAAAUGUUUGUGAUUCCAGCUACCCUUAAGGGAGCUAACUACCUGUUGUGGGAAAGGCUUGCUAAGACAGCUCUUGGUGGCAGAGGCUACUGGGAUAUUGUUGAAGAAGGCAAGAACCCAAAGAAAACAACUCUAGGAGAGGAUGGCAGAGAAGUGGUGGUGAGUGAAGCUGGCGACAAGAAGAAGAAUCAAGAGGACCUCAUGACGUUGUCUAUUCUUCAAUCCAGUCUUGAUGCUCCACUCCAGGAAGCUUAUGGCUACUGUGAAACCUCCAAAGACCUAUGGGAUACACUCAAGAAGGUCUAUGGAAACCAGUCCAACAUCAGUAGGGUGUUUGAAAUCAAGAGGGCUAUCAAUACCCUAAGUCAAGAGGACAAUGACUUUGAUAAACACUUUGGGAAGUUUAGAUCCAUGUGGGCUGAGCUAGAGAUGCUAAAGCCAGCAACCAUUGAUCCAGAUGUGUUGAAUGUAAGGAGAGAACAAGACAAGGUGUUUGCUCUUCUCUCUACUCUCAACCCUGGAUACAAUGACCUCAUCAAGCAUAUCCUAAGAGACAAGGAACUCCCAUCCCUUGAAGAAGUUUGUGCUCGGAUUCAAAAAGAACAAGGAUCAAUGGGGCUUUUUGGAGGCAAGCGAGACUUGGUACUAGCAAACCAAGCUGAAGGAGUUGCAAAUAGAGGCAUCUACAAGACUGAAGAUAAGAAGGUGUGGACAUGCGAUUAUUGCAAGAAGAGAGGCCAUGGAAAGGACAAGUGUUGGAUCCUCCAUCCUCAUCUCAAGCCACAGAAGUUCAGAACCAACUACAAUGAUACAAGAGCCAACUUCUCUGGUGACAUGGGAGAGCCAUCUACUCCAGCAAGCAUGCGCCCAACUCCACCAGGUGGUGAAGGCAAAGCAAUGGCUUCUAGUGGCAACCUGACCUUGAGGAACAAUCAAGAUGAAGUCAUCAGGCGUUCUGACAUUGAGACUCUCAUAAAACUCCUCAAAGACAACUCUGGAUAUUGAAACUAGUAGAUUGCUUGGCCAAGGUGUAACCAAGGGAGACUUGUACUUACUUGAAGACACUAAGCUCUCAGCCGAUUUAUCUUAUGCUCUAAAUUCCAUUUCUACUUUACCUAAAGAU